AUUGCUCUCUCCUCCCUUCUCUUCUUCCAAAAUUGAUCCAUCCCAUCCUCCAUCCUUGUGUCUGUAUGCUGAACCUCGAACUUCAAUAUGGCAAGCAGCUGCUCGCCCGCAGCGGACAACUCAUUUGGACCGGUUAUCACCUGCCUAGCAACUUUUGACUUCACUCUGCUAUUCGAACAGAGUAUUCUAUCCAUCGGCCCAUCGGCCAUUUUUCUCCUCGUGGUCCCUUGGCGGUUUCGGUCGCUCUACACGGCAAACAUCAAAACGGUUGCUAACAAGGCUCAUUGGCGCAAGCUUGCUGUUGGGUUUUGUCUUGUCGGUCUACAAAUCACAUCGGUGGUCGCAUGGGCGCGCCACAACCUCAUCAGGACGGCCCUCCCUGCCAUUGUCCUGUCGCUGGUGGACUCUUUAGACAUCGCUGUCCUAACAGCCCUCGAACACGACCGUUCACUGCGCCCGUCAUCGCUUCUGAGCAUCUAUCUUCUCAUAUCAACGCUAUUCGAUGCUGUGCAAGUGCGCACCCUAUUUAUCCGGCACUAUCCAUAUCCUUUGCCAGCACUAGCUGCCGCAACCUCCAAAAUAAACGCAAUGAGGCCACCAUUUCGUGACAUCUCGCCCGAGUCAACCAGUGGAAUCUUCGCUCGCACUGUCUUCUGGUGGCUCAACGGUCUAUUCCUUAGAGGCUUCCGAAAGCUUCUGACAGUUGAAGAUCUAUUUCCGACGGACGAAGCCUUGAGCUCAAGCUAUCUAGGACGAAGAAUUCGAAGAGCGUGGGCCAAAUACAAAUCUACCCAUACACGCAGCCUGAUACUUGCGACCGUGAUCAGUCUACGAUGGGCAAUAUUUCGAACAAUAUUACCCAGACUAUGUCUGAUUGGAUUCAGCUAUGCGCAGACAUUUUUUAUUCAGCGUGCAAUCGAGCAUCUACACAGACCCGAAACCCAAGUGACAAGAAACGAGAACUAUGGCCUAAUCGGGGCCGCAGCACUUAUCUAUGGAGGAAUUGCAAUCUCGACGGUGCAUUACAAACACCAACUAUACCGGAUGAUCACUAUGUACCGAGGCGCGGCCGUUGCAUUGAUCUACGACCACACCAUGGUCCUUGCCGAUGGCCCUCACGAUGAUUCAGCUGCUGUAACCCUUAUGAGUACUGACGUUGACAUGAUCGCACGGUCGCUCGAGCAAAUCAGCGAGACCUGGGCUCGAUUGGUGGAGAUCGCCGUUGGUAUCUGGCUCUUAGAGCGUCAGCUCGGUGCCGUUUGCGUCGCCCCGACUCUUGUGAUUCUCUUGUGUACAUCCGUCCAGACGUAUAUGGCAACUUUCAUGCCUGCAAGGCAGAAGGUCUGGGUUGGGGCUAUCCAGCGCCGUGUGAGCAUAAUUUCCACGGCGUUGCGGUCGAUGAAAAGUAUCAAGAUGCUUGGGCUAUCUGAAAUGCUCGCCACAACUCUUCAGGCACAAAGAAAGCGAGAGCUGAGCUUGUCUAAGGACUUCCGAUGGUUAAUCGUGUGGCUUAACGUGGUCGCAAGUCUGCCUCAAAUGUGUGCCUCUCUCGUCACAUUCGCGGCUUUCGUUAUCCUUGCCAAGAUCGAUCAUUCAAAUACACUGUCUACUGUACAGGCUUUUACAUCCCUUGCGAUCAUCAGUCUCAUCACGAGCCCGGCGCUACAGCUCCUGGCAUCUAUUCCGGCUGUAACAGCCGCUCUGGGGGCCUUUGACCGCAUCCACAAAUUCCUCGUUUCUCCUUCCGUGGAUUUCAAUUCGUCAGAAAGGGACCUCGAACCUGAAACGGAUAGCUCCAGUGGACACGGGUCAAUGGUUGAAUUGAAAGCAUUGGAACCCAAAACACAGCCCAAUCUCGACCAAAUUGUUCUUCAGUUGACGGACGCGGAUAUUCGUCCGAUUCCUGGAUCUGACUUCUCUCUAACAGAUAUCAACCUCACAAUCAAGAGAGGCACUGUGACGAUGCUUAUUGGUCCUGUUGGAAGUGGAAAGUCCACCCUCUUGAAAGCAGCGCUGGGUGAAUUACCCUGUGAACGAGGAACAAUUACAAGAUCAUGGCCAGAUGCCGGCUAUUGCAGCCAAAAUCCCUGGCUUCGGAACACCACCAUUCGCAAAAAUAUCAGUGGUUACUCAGUAAUGGACACCGAAUGGUACAAAGAGGUACUGAGAGCCUGUGCAUUGGAGCAGGACAUCUCCCGAAUGCCGCAGGGUGAUCAGUCUAUGGUCGGCAGUGGGGCGCUCAAGCUGAGCGGAGGACAAAAGCAGCGUCUCGCAAUAGCUCGAGCCAUUUAUUCGCGAAAAGGGCUCUUGGUACUUGACAAUGCUCUGAGUGCUGUUGAUAUAAAGACGGCACAGUACGUGCUUGAGGCCUGUUUUGGCCGCAAUGGAGUCUGCCGGCAAAUAGGCACGACUGUAAUGAUGGCAACUCACACAGACCAGCAUUCGCAUGUCGCGGAUCACAUCGUCAUGCUAAGUUCGAACGGACGUAUCGAGAACCAAGGCAGCGUGCGGAGCUUUGGCUUAAUUUCGCAGCCGAUUACACAUGCAUCGGAGGCCAGCCCGGAAACCCCAACUGCCGAAGAUGAGAGUCAAGACAAGCCUGCCUCUACGAAAAAGGUGGAGACCCUCACUGUCGAUGACAUCGCAGAUAUAGCUCGCCGCACAGGCGACGUUGCAGUCUACACGUACUACAUGAAGGCCAUCGGAUGGCCCAGCAUCUUGGGAGCUUGUCUGGUUAUUGUCGUGCACACAUUCUCCUCUACCUUUCCCCAGGUGUGGUUGGAACUGUUCACGAACGACGGUGGAAAAAAGACCGCCCAGUUCAUUGGUAUCUACGUUCUCCUUGCCGUAGCUGCCUCAGGGUCCCAGGGGCUUAUGAUAUGGCAAAUCAUGAUCAAGAUCGUCAUGAGGUCGGGAUUAGAGCUGCACCGGGUUCUUGUCCGAACUGUAGUCGAUGCGCCGAUGCAUUCCUUUGCUGGAGUUGAUUCUGGCGUCAUCUUGAAUAGAUUCAGCCAGGACAUGACCCUUGUAGAUGCUGUCCUACCCACCAUGGCUUUCGGGACCGUACUGAGUGUUGCGCAAUGCUUUGCCCAGGUCGCACUGAUAUCACUGGGGUCAAGCUACAUGGCUGUGACGAUAUUUCCGUGUUUACUGGUACUAUAUUGUGCGCAGAAAGUCUACCUGCGAACUUCAAGACAGGUCCGAUUUCUCGAUCUCGAAGCUAGAAGCCCACUUUAUACACUAUUCGUGGAGACUCUCGAGGGUCUGUCUACUAUCCGAGGCCUUGGAUGGCAGCGCUCAUUUGUGGCCGAAUGCUUACGCCGACUCGACGAUUCGCAAAAGCCUUACUACCUCCUCUAUUGUAUUCAGCGGUGGCUUAACGUUGUCCUCGACCUGCUCGUUGCUGCCCUAGCUGUGAUACUCAUCGCACUAGCCACGUCGUUGCGUGAGUCCACCGACCCAGGAAAGCUCGGAGUCUCCUUAACUGCAAUUAUGGCUUUCAGUCAGACCCUGCAGGAGGUGGUAUCCAGUUAUACCUCUCUGGAGACCUCGCUUGGUGCGAUUGCAAGGACAAGGUCUUUUGAGAUGAAAAUGCCUUCUGAGCAUGAUGCGCGGGAAAGGGUGGUACUGCCACCAAGCUGGCCUGCCGAUGGACGGAUCGAGAUCGAUUCUCUUUCUGCCUCAUAUGACGGUACCACGCGCGCGUGCGACAAUGUGUCUCUGAGCAUUGAAGGCGGUGAGAAAGUCAUGAUCUGUGGAAGGACUGGCAGCGGCAAGAGCACCCUUGUCUCAGCCCUCCUGCGUCUUCUCGACCCUCUAAGCGGCACGAUCUCCAUCGAUGGGAUUGACAUCUCCACCGUCCCCCGCAAUGAGCUUCGCUCCCGCAUCAUCGCCAUCCCGCAGGAUCCUUUCCUUCUCCCUGGCUCCAUUCGCUUCAACCUCGAUCCUACCAGCCGUGCGGCGGAUUCGACUCUGCUUUCAGCCUUGGAGCGGUGCAGUCUUCUGGCUGUGGUUACAUCGCGCGGAGGCCUGGACGAAGAACUGACGUCUGCGUCCUUGUCGCAAGGCGAGGGGAGGCUGUUCGCGCUGGCUGUUGCGUUGGUGCGUAAGUGGAAUCGGGAGCGCGACAGUGUGGGAAGUGGUGGUGGCAGCGGCGGCGGCAUCUUAAUCCUAGAUGAGGCGACCAGCGGUACCGACGCUGCGACUCACGCUUUGAUGCAACAGGUGGUAGACCAAGGAUUCAGGGGGUAUACAGUUCUACAGAUCUCGAAUCGACCUGAUGAGGUUCAAGGUGUUGAUCGGGUGGUUAAGAUGCAGAAUGGGCGGGUGAUGAGGGGGUAGGCUUGCUUAGGGCGGUUGUACUUGGGGGUAAGUCGAAGAAGAUCUCAGCACGUCUUACCUUCGCAAAGCGGGCACUUCAAAUUUCGUACCUAGGUCUUUAGUAAAUGGUUACCGACGCGGUAUUAAUACAGGCAUCCAAGUAGUGAAAGAAUUC